UUCAGAGCAGGAACAGUCAUCAAUAAAUGCCUUGCCUUCUUUUAAGGGCUCCGUGCGCCCCUGUUAUUAAGAGGAGGAGCUCUUUGUUCUGCCUUUGAUGUGUGGUGCGUUCAGGAAAGUCUACAGCACAUCCGCGAAAGAAAACAUUGUGUGAUGUGAUCCUGAUGGUCCAGGAAAGAAAGAUACCUGCUCAUCGUGUUGUCCUUGCUGCAGCCAGUCAUUUUUUCAACCUAAUGUUCACAACUAACAUGCUUGAAUCAAAGUCCUUUGAAGUAGAACUCAAAGAUGCCGAACCUGACAUUAUUGAACAGCUUGUGGAAUUUGCUUAUACUGCCAGGAUUUCUGUAAACAGCAAUAACGUGCAGUCUUUGUUAGAUGCGGCAAACCAGUACCAGAUUGAACCUGUGAAGAAAAUGUGUGUUGAUUUUUUGAAAGAACAAGUUGAUGCUUCAAAUUGUCUUGGUAUAAGUGUUCUAGCAGAGUGUCUAGACUGUCCUGAAUUGAAAGCUACUGCAGAUGAUUUCAUUCAUCAGCAUUUUACUGAAGUUUACAAAACUGAUGAGUUUCUACAACUUGAUGUUAAGCGAGUAACACACCUCCUCAACCAGGAUACUCUGACUGUGAGAGCAGAGGAUCAGGUUUAUGAUGCUGCAGUCAGGUGGUUGAAAUAUGAUGAACCUAAUCGCCAGCCGUUUAUGGUUGAUAUUCUUGCUAAAGUCCGAUUUCCUCUUAUAUCAAAGAAUUUUUUAAGUAAAACAGUACAAGCUGAACCACUUAUUCAAGACAAUCCUGAAUGCCUUAAGAUGGUAAUAAGUGGAAUGAGGUAUCACUUACUGUCUCCAGAAGAUCGAGAAGAACUGGUGGAAGGAACAAGGCCCAGAAGAAAGAAACAUGACUACCGCAUCGCUCUCUUUGGAGGCUCACAACCACAGUCCUGUAGAUAUUUUAACCCAAAGGAUUACAGCUGGACAGACAUCCGCUGCCCCUUUGAAAAACGAAGAGAUGCAGCGUGCGUGUUCUGGGACAAUGUUGUUUACAUCUUGGGUGGCUCUCAGCUUUUCCCUAUAAAACGCAUGGACUGCUAUAAUGUGGUAAAGGAUAGCUGGUAUUCUAAGCUGGGCCCUCCGACACCUCGAGACAGCCUUGCUGCCUGUGCUGCAGAAGGCAAAAUAUAUACAUCUGGAGGUUCCGAAGUAGGAAACUCUGCGCUGUAUUUGUUUGAGUGCUAUGAUACAAGAACUGAGAGUUGGCACACAAAGCCUAGCAUGCUGACUCAACGCUGCAGCCAUGGGAUGGUGGAAGCCAAUGGCUUGAUCUAUGUUUGUGGUGGAAGUUUAGGGAACAAUGUUUCUGGGAGAGUGCUGAACUCCUGCGAAGUUUAUGAUCCUGCCACCGAAACGUGGACAGAACUGUGUCCAAUGAUUGAAGCCAGGAAGAACCAUGGGCUGGUAUUUGUAAAGGACAAGAUAUUCGCUGUGGGAGGUCAGAAUGGUUUAGGUGGUCUGGACAAUGUGGAGUAUUAUGAUAUUAAACUAAAUGAAUGGAAGAUGGUCUCACCAAUGCCAUGGAAAGGUGUCACCGUGAAAUGCGCAGCAGUCGGCUCUAUAGUUUAUGUCUUGGCUGGUUUUCAAGGUGUGGGUCGUUUAGGACACAUCCUGGAAUAUAACACUGAAACAGACAAAUGGUUCGCAAACUCCAAAGUGCGUGCUUUUCCAGUAACGAGCUGUUUAAUUUGUGUCGUUGAUACCUGUGGAGCAAAUGAAGAGACCCUAGAAACAUGAAGGCUGAGCAGACUUCAAAACUCAUCAGACUAAAAAUUGUGACCACCAGUGCUUUGUGUAGCGAGAUUUUGGUUAUAAAGUUUUGGCUUGGAGUUGUGUUGGGUUUUUUAAAGAAAGUUUUAAGUAAAAUAAGUUCCCUGUAAAAGAAAUGUUUAUGGAUUUCCUUACUUGAAUAGAACACACUACAUAGCUGG